UAUCUGCGAACAAUAAUGGUUUUAUAUUUUCGCAAAAGGUUUUUAUUCCAGCUCGGUGCAAGUCGUAACGUAACACAAAAAUAGCGUCCGUUUCGUCAUAAACCUGGAAUCCCUUCCUUUGUGUAAACCUUCCAGUCGGCCAAACGCCGGCGAGUUGGGUUCCCCAUCCCCGCAAAUGACUCCGAAAUCGUAAACGUGCGGGCACGAAGGCGGCCGGUUAAUUAAAGCAACGUCACUCCCUUCCGACAGCGGCUUCCAAAGGAGCAAACCCUCAACCCCUUCAACAGCGCCGAGUUGCUUCCCCGGAAGCAACUCCCAACCGCCCAUAGAGAAAAAAUGCCCGAGUGGGGUGAAGUAAAAAGGGAACACCACCACCACCACAACCAUCACCAUCAACAUCAUCAGCAACAGCUAGCCAAGCAGCUCGCGAACGAACAACCCACGGCGGCGGCACUCGAGGCAGCUCUUGAAGCCGAACAGGACGAAACGGAAACCAGCAGCAGCAGCAGCGCCGGUAGCAGUGGAACUUCGCCGACCAAGAACAACAACCCAAGCGAACAGCAGGCCGCACUGCAAUACAUGGAGGAACUAAAGGACGCCAGCAUUCACCACACUGCCCUGAAGCUGUCCGAGGACAUAAAAGCUAUGAAGAUCUACGGCAGUCUGUACAAGAUGGUUCAGAAGCUUGCCUGUUCGCCGGAAGUGGACAAGGACGACAUGAAACACACGCUGGAGGCCGCCAUCAAGGCCAACGGGUUGGAGACGGAAAUCCGCAACGUGAUCUACCACUUGAUCCGCAACUCGCUCAAACCCGAACCGAAGGCUUCCGCUCCGUCGUCGGAUCCGCUGAACUAUCUGCGCCGGGCUGGGAUCCAGUGGGAACGAAGAGUGCGCAAGUCGUUGAAUUCGAUGUGUUCGGAGUCGAAGGCCCAGCUGCAGGGCCAGAUGCGCAUCGUGACGGACCGCGAGGACAUCCUGGCCAAGUGGGACGAGUUGAGCAACUAUCAGAUCGAUUUGACCAACUAUAGGCCGGUUUAUGCGCCGAAGGACUUGCUGGACGUACUGCUGUCGCUCAAGGGCCCCGUCAAACAGGACGAAACUGAGUACAGAAAAUUCUUCCGCUUUUCGCCCCAGAUGGUCGCGAGCCAACUUAAAGUAAUCAAAUCGUUUUUCAGCUUUCUGCCCAAGUGGGAGUUCUCGCACAUUUCGUUGACCGUGAAGAAUCUGUUCGAGCUGCGGGUGCACUUUUCCGAACUGCUGCGGAACGACAACACGGGUGGCGGCGCCCACGACUGGCCGGUCACGUGUCAGAAGAUCCUGAAGACACGGCACGCGCCACUCUGCCAGCAGGCGCUGAAGAAGGGCAUCACGCCGCCACCGUUGCGAGGACCCCUGUGGGCGUACGUCCUGGGCAGUCAGGUGGAGGCACAUCACACUGAGCAUUGGGAGAAUCUGAAGCAAUCGGUGCUCACCACAGAGUCGAUUGUGGACAAGUUGGUGUUCAAGGACGUCCAGCUGACGGCAACGAAUGACGAUCGCUACUUUGUGUUUGAGGACGUUCUUUAUCAGAUUAUGCUCUGCUUUAGCCGCGACGACGAAAUCAGCCACAUGAUCCAGACGGAGUUUACCAACUCGGCCAAGCUGAAGCAGUACGAGGGACCGGCGUGCGGUUUUGUCCCCUUCCACGGCAUUUGCAUGCUGGCGGCGCCAUUUUGCUAUCUGUACGACAACCCCGUUUCGCUGUACUUUACCUUUAGAGCAUUCUACGUGCGUUACUGCCAUCGGUUGACCACGAUCAACACGCACCCCCAGGGCAUCGUCAGUUUGUGUUUGCUGUUCGAGAAGUUGCUGCAGACGCACGAACCUCAGCUGUGGUCGCACUUUCGCGAGCUGCAGAUUCAACCCAUCCGCGUCGUUUUCAAGUGGUUGAUGCGUGCCUUCAGCGGUCAUCUGCCACCCGAGCAGUUGCUCAUCCUGUGGGACCUCAUCCUCGGGUACGACAGCUUGGAGAUUCUGUCGCUGCUCGCGCUCAUCAUCCUGAGCUUCCGGCGUGAAAGCCUGAUGCAGGUCGUCACGCUGGAGAACAUUGAGGCGAUUCUGUCGGAUUUGUCGUCGGUGAAGGUGCUUCCGUUGAUACAGCUGACGCUGUCGCGGGACUGAGUGUUGCGGAACCUUUUCAUGCUCGAGAACGAUUGAUGAUCGUGGAAAGGGGCCGCAUAAUAAUAACUCUGUUUAGUGCAAUAACCAUGUUGUAAAUUCUCGUUGGAAUAGCUCCCAUUUGUGAUAGUUUGUAGAGUCGAAUUGAACGUAGUAAAAUUUAGUAAUUUCUUGUAAUAAAUAAAUAUCAUAGCGAAUUUUAA